AUGGAUGCUGAUUUAAAUGUAACAUAUGUAACUUUUGGUGGACAUGUGGAUCUGAACAAGUACAGAUAUGUUUAUUUUGUGAUCAUGUUUACAGUAUAUAUUCUAAUAGUCUGCAGUAAUUCUACUAUUGUGUGCCUCAUAGUGAUUCACAAAAACCUCCAUGAGCCUAUGUACAUUUUUAUUGGAGCUUUAUUAAUCAACUCUGUUCUGUUCACCACUGCCAUCUACCCAAAGCUUCUGAUUGACUUUUUGUCUGAGAAACAGAUCAUAUCGUAUUCAGACUGUCUCUUCCAGUGUUUCCUAUAUUACUCUUUAGAUGGUUCAGAGUUCUUACUGUUGUCAGCCAUGGCUUAUGACAGAUAUGUGUCUAUAUGUAAACCUCUGCAAUAUCCAACCAUCAUGACGAAAACAACUGUCUGUAUCUUUCUGGUUUUAGCUUGGUUUGUUCCUGCAGGUCAGAUUGCAGUGCCAGUUGCACUGAGUGCUAAUACCAAACUCUGUCACUUUAAAUUAAGAGGAAUCUUUUGUAACAAUUCAAUUUACAAACUUCACUGUGUGAGCUCCAGAGUGCUAUCUGUGUACGGUGUGAUUGUUUUGUUUAAUGUUAUUCUUUUCCCUGUGCUCUUCAUACUUUUUACAUACACAAAGAUAUUUCUAAUUACCUACAAAAGUUGUGGGGAAGUCCGGAUGAAAGUGGCACAGACCUGUUUUCCUCACCUGCUGGUUUUGAUCAACUUUUGUAGUUUGAUAACGUAUGAUGUCAUUGCAGUUAAACUGGAAUCUGAGUUUCCAAAAACUGUACGUUUAAUAAUGACUUUACAAGUGGUUUUGUAUCAUCCCCUCUUUAAUCCGAUCAUAUACGGACUGAAAAUGACAGAAAUUUAUAAACACAUCAAGAGGUUGUUCUGUCAAGACAAACCCAACUAA